UCAGGAAGUCUCUCUUUUCUGUCUCAAGUCUCAACCAUGGUUGUUCCAGACAACACCAAAGGUGGAAACAUGAUCUUUGAUAUGAGAUUAUCGUCGGUGGUACCGGCACGACUGACCGGAACAGAUGUGAUCCAUGAACCAAUUAAUAUGGAUUUGGCAAUGAAGCUUCAUUACGUAAGAGCUGUUUACUACUUUAGAAGUAGUUUGGUGGUUGAAGGGUUUGGUGUUUACACUGUCAAAGAAGCCUUAUUUAGAUGGUUUAACCUCUAUUCCCAUAGUUGUGGAAGGUUCAAUAGAUCUGAAUCAGGUCGUCCAUUCAUCAAGUGUAACGAUUGUGGGGCACGGUUCAUUGAAGCCAAAUGCAGUAAGAGCCUUGAUGAAUGGCUGGAAAUGGAGUCCUUAUCUCUUCACAACCUUCUUGUUUCCAAUCAAGUCCUUGGUCCUGACUUGGAUUUCUCUCCACUCGUCCUUAUACAGAUGACUACUUUCAAAUGUGGAGGAAAGGCACUGGGCUUCAGUUGGGCUCAUGUCCUUGGAGAUGCAUUCUCACUUUCUGAAUUCCUCAACUUGUUGGGCCAAAUCAUGUCUGGUCAUCACCCACCUAACUCACCCACCCUACCAAAACCUGCAGAAUCCAAAGCUACUAAUAAACCUAAUAACCCACAAUCGUUUUUGGUUGAACCACUUUCAGUGAAACGGGUUGAACCGGUUGGAGACCAUUGGAUAGCUGCCAAUAACUGUAAGAUGGAAAACUAUUCUUUCCAUAUCACAGCACAACAAUUGAAGGCCAUGAGUUCAAAGAAGUUUUUUCCAACUACCAAAAUCCCACUAUUUGAAUCUCUCUCUGCUGUCUUCUGGCAAUGCUUAGCAAGAGUUAGAGAAGGAUCAGAACCAAAAACUCUGACCAUAUGCCGAAACAGAGAGAAGGAAAUAACUAAUUUGAGCAGCAACAAACAGACAAUAAACACUGUUCAGGUUGAUUUCUCUGUCACAGAAGCUGAUCCGAAUGUAUUGGCAGAAAUGAUCAUGGAAAGUCAGAAGGUGGAUGAAACAAACAAGAUUGAAGAAAUGGUGGAGCAGGAUCAAGGGUUGUCUGAUUUGAUCAUUUAUGGUGCAAAUCUAACAUUUGUGGAUCUGGAAAAGGCUGACCUUUAUGGAUUGGAGUUGAAGAAACAGAAACCAAGUUUUGUGAAUUAUACAAUUGAUGGGGUAGGAGAUGAAGGACUCAUUUUAGUGAUGAAGGAUCAUCCAGGAAAUGUCAAUGGCGACGAAGGAAGGACUGUGACUGUCAUUCUUCCAGAAAAUCAGAUAUUGAAGCUAAAAGACGAGCUCGGAAGAGAAUGGUCUAUUGCUUGAUGAGCUCUGUU